UGGAGCACUACGGCACGUUACGAGCGGGCGAGCGAUCAUAACGCGCAGCGCUCGUAAGAACUGUUUUCGGUUGCCCCAAUCCCCUUUCAUCGAUUUACCCGCCGCGCGUUCCUUGCGCGAACGCCCGCGGCUUGGCGGUCGUCUCGUUGACAACUGGAAAACAUGGCGACGUACUCACGAGAGGAGGAGGACGAGGAGAUCGGGCAAGAAGACGCGUGGACGGUGAUCAGCUCGUUUUUCGAGGAGAAAGGCUUAGCACGUCAGCAACUGGACUCGUUCAAUGAAUUUAUCCAACACGCGAUGCAGGAGAUUGUUGUAGAUGAGAUGUCGUCUUUCGAGCUCGAGCCUGAGCAGCAGCACGUGCCCGGAGAGGAGGGAGAGGGUGGUGAAAAGAAGACAUACAAAAUUUCUUUUAAGCAGAUUUAUCUUUCAAAACCUAUGGUGACCGAGGCAGAUGGCAUGACGAGCACGCUGUUUCCCAAAGAAGCGCGCUUAAGGAACUUGACAUACUCUGCGCCGCUGUACGUGGACAUGGAGAAGACAGUCACUACUGUCACUUUAGACUCGCAGAAGACAGAGGAGGUUGAAAAGAUCAACAAGGUGUUCAUUGGAAAAGUUCCGAUCAUGCUUCGCAGCGAAUACUGCUCACUGCACGACCACACGGACAAAGAGCUCACAGAGCUUGGUGAGUGCCCGUAUGAUGAAGGUGGAUAUUUCAUAAUAAACGGAAGUGAGAAGGUAUUGAUAGCUCAAGAGAAGAUGAGCAGCAACCACGUGUACGUCUUCAAGAAGAGGCAGCCAAGCAAAUAUAUGUGGGUGGCGGAGUGCAGGAGCAGCCCAGAGAGCGGUGCACGGGCGGCAAGUGCGUGUGUCGCGAGGAUGUUGCACAGUCCAGGUACAAAGAUGGAGCCUGGGUGCAUCAGAGUCACGCUUCCGUACAUUCGUACAGAUAUUCCCCUGUUUGUUGUAUUCCGUGCGCUCGGUUUUGUUGCAGAUAAAGAUAUACUGGAGCACAUCGUGUACGAUUUUAAUGAUCACGAUGCGAUGGAGCUUUUGAGACCCUCUAUCGAAGAGGCUUUGCCUAUUCAGUCGAAAAAAGUUGCCCUAGACUAUAUUGGAAAACGAGGUUCCGCUGUUGGGGUUUCGCGAGAAAAACGCAUCAAGUACGCUCAGGAUAUUUUACAAAAGGAACUUCUGCCACACGUUGGGGUCGACGAGGAGUGCGAAACAAGGAAGGCAUAUUAUCUUGGGUACAUCGUGCACAGACUGCUGCUGUGCGCACUGGGAAGACGCAACGAAGACGACCGGGAUCAUUUCGGCAACAAGCGCAUGGAUUUGGCCGGUCCCCUGAUCGCCAUACUAUUCAGACAGCUGUUCCGGAAGUUAACCAAGGAUGUGCGGCUCUACUGUCAGCGUUGUGUCGACAGCGGAAAGGAAAUUCAACUGACAUUGGCAGUCAAGGCGAAGACUAUCACAUCCGGACUAAAAUACUCACUUGCAACGGGCAACUGGGGUGCGCAAGGAGCGCAAGACAUCAGAGCUGGCGUGUCUCAGGUCUUGAACCGAUUGUCAUUUUCAUCGACGUUGAGUCACCUUCGACGGCUUAACUCGCCGAUCGGACGCGAGGGAAAGCUGGCAAAGCCACGACAGCUGCAUAACUCACACUGGGGAAUGGUAUGUCCCGCAGAGACACCUGAAGGGCAGGCGUGCGGUCUUGUGAAAAACCUCUCCCUCAUGGCACUCGUUUCUGUAGGCUCACCAAGCUCACCUGUGCUUGAGUUUUUGGAGGAGUGGACAAUGGAAAACUUAGAGGAGAUUUCACCUAGUGUUAUCAGCCAUGCGACAAAAAUAUUCGUGAACGGUGUGUGGGUUGGUGUGCAUCGUGACCCUGCGGACUUGGUAAGAACCCUCCGAGAGCUGAGACGCAAAGUCGACAUCACAACCGAGGUCGGCAUUGUACACGACAUAAGGCUGCAGGAGUUGCGUCUAUACACUGACUACGGCCGCUGCAUUCGCCCGCUGUUUAUCGUUGAGGACCAGAGAAUGAAGAUUAAAAAACGAAACAUCGAAAUGUUACAGGAAAAGGACAUCACUGGUUUUACUUGGAACGAUCUCGUGUCUAGCGGUUGUAUCGAGUACGUUGACACAGAAGAGGAGGAGACGACUAUGAUUUCGAUGACGAUCGAAGAUCUCGUUCAAGCCAGGUUGCUUGCAAACAACGAGACUUCUGUGCAGCACAUGUACACGCACUGCGAGAUCCACCCAUCCAUGAUCCUUGGCAUUUGUGGUUCCAUUAUCCCAUUCCCAGAUCACAACCAGUCGCCGCGGAACACGUAUCAGAGCGCAAUGGGUAAGCAAGCAAUGGGGAUGUAUGUCACCAAUUUUCAACUACGAAUGGAUACGCUCGCGUAUGUUUUGUUCUACCCGCAGAAGCCGCUCGUGACGACACGCGCGAUGGAACAUUUGCACUUCAGGGAACUCCCUGCAGGAGUAAACGUCGUUGUCGGGAUCAUGUGCUACACCGGAUACAACCAAGAGGACAGCGUUAUCAUGAAUCAGAGUAGCAUUGACCGUGGUCUAUUUCGUAGCAUCUUCUACAGGUCGUUCAAGGACGAGGAGAAAAAACAGGGGAGUUUGACCAAAGAAGAUUUGGAGUGUCCGAGCCCAGAGACGACGCUCGGGAUGCGACACGGAACUUACGGUAAGCUCGACAAGGACGGGUUAAUCUGCCCAGGGACGCGAGUCAGCGGGGAGGACAUAAUUAUUGGCAAAACUUCACCGCUUCCAGAUGACGACCCGAGUGCUGCGUCAAAUCGGUUCACGAAGCGUGAUUGUAGCACUGGUAUGAAGAACAGCGAGACAGGUAUAAUCGACCAGGUUCUUCUCACAACCAAUGACCAAGGGCUGCGUUUUGUAAAGAUACGCGUUCGCUCCUGCCGCACUCCGCAAGUUGGCGAUAAAUUUUCAUCAAGACACGGGCAAAAGGGCACCAUUGGGAUGACAUACACGCAGGAGGACAUGCCUUUUACGUGUGAAGGGGUCGUUCCCGAUAUUAUUGUCAAUCCGCACGCAAUUCCAUCGCGAAUGACCAUAGGGCAGCUCGUUGAGUGUUUGAUGGGUAAAGUUGCGGCGAUGAUGGGAAAAGAAGGGGAUGCAACACCGUUCACACCGGUGACAGUUGAAAACAUAUCAGACAUGCUACACCAGUGCGGUUACCAGAAACGAGGAAACGAGGUGAUGUACAAUGGUCACACAGGACGGAAGCUCGAGGCGAAAAUAUUUCUUGGACCAACUUACUACCAGCGUUUAAAGCAUAUGGUUGAUGACAAGAUCCACUCAAGAGGAAGAGGACCAGUUCAGAUAUUGACACGCCAGCCAAUGGAGGGACGAUCUAGAGACGGAGGGUUGCGUUUCGGUGAGAUGGAACGUGACUGCAUCAUCUCUCACGGCGCUGCCGCGUUUCUAAAAGAGCGGUUGAUGGACCAGUCUGAUGCUUACCGUGUACACGUGUGCCAGACUUGUGGCCUGAUCGCAGUGGCGAACCUAAAAAAUCAAACUUUCGAAUGCUGCAAGAAUCCGUCUGAGCGGAUGAAGGUGGUGCAGGUGCUUCUACCGUAUGCGUGCAAGCUACUCUUCCAAGAGCUUAUGUCCAUGGCGGUAGCUCCUCGGCUCGUCACGUAGUGUCUUUAUUUUUGCAACAAUAUGAAAACCUUUCUGAGGAUAAGAGGAGCUUUUCUUCAUACAACUUUGUAGAGUAGCAUGUAGUAUUUAUCAUUGUAUACGUACGCAGGCUUCGCUUCU